GAAAAAUCUAGCAUUCUACAAGCUCUUAAGGAAAAGGCACAAUACUGCUAUGAAAAGCUUAAUAGUGUCGAAGGUUUAUCCUGUAGUAAAGUAGUUGGAGCUAUGUUCGUAUUUCCGAAGAUUGAACUUUCAAAGAAAGCUUUAAAAGAAGCUCAGAGACGGAGACAAAACCCUGAUGAAUUUUACUCAAUGGAAUUAGUCGAAACUGCUGGGGUAUGUGUAUUACCAGGACACCUUUUCGGCCAAAGACCAGGAACACAUCAUUUUCGAUUAACAAUCCUGCCGCAGAUGGACAAACUAAAAAUAGUCAUAGAACACCUUCUUGAGUUUCAUCUGAAAUUCUUAGAGAAGUACAAGGACUAAAUUUGGUAUCAGAUUCAGGACCAAAUUUGGUUUCGAGGACUAAAUUUUAAUGCAAAUCUUUUUAAAUACCAGUGUAGAAUGAGUUAUUCAAGACAUAAUUCUUGUUCUUUUAUUAUUAAUUAUAGAAAUAAAGAGAAUGAGUGGGC